AUGGCCUCUUUUAUUGGAUCAACCGCGCGGCAGGCCAUGAUAGCCUUCGUGCUAUUCAUGCUGGCAAUUGCCUCUGCUCGUCCCGCUGGGAUGCGGACGGUUCGGCGAAGCGUUCAAGAACCGAGCAACGAUCCCUUCUAUCAGCCUCCUGCGGGCUUCGAGUCCGAAGCGCCGGGUACAAUUCUGCGCAAUCGGAGUGUCAGUGUUGCCUUCUUGGGGCUGAUUCCUGACCCUGUGGAGGCAUACCAGCUGUUAUAUCGCACGACGGCUAUCAAUGGCUCGGCCAUUGCCACCGUUACUACUAUCUUCAAGCCCACCAACCCGAAGAAGGAUCGAUUUGUCUCGUUCCAUACGGCGUAUGAUAGUUCCGCCACCAUCUGCGAUCCUAGCUAUAAUUACCAGCUUGGGGCCGCGCAGACGGAUAUCAUCUCCUCGGCGGAACAGUUGAUUCUACAAGCCUACUUGCUUCUGGGCUAUAUCGUUGCCUCCCCCGACUACGAAGGCCCAGAGGCGGCCUUCGGGCCGGGGCAUCUGGCUGGCAUGGGAGUGCUGGAUAACAUGCGCGCCGUGUCGAAUUUCGGAACCCUCGGCCUGUCCAGCACGACGCCGAUGAUUGUUGGAACGGGCUACUCCGGCGGUGCCAUCGCGACGGGCUGGGCGGCGUCCCUGCAGCCCACCUAUGCCCCUGAACUGGACAUUAAGGGCUGGGCCCAGGGCGGCACACCGUCCAAUUUGACCGGCACCUUGGUCUUCAUCGACGACACCCUGUUCAGCGGCUUCAUCCCUGCCGCGGUCGUGGGUCUGUCCAAGCCCAGCGCGUACGGGGCCGAGCUGUCGCCCGUUCUCAACCGCGUUCUCACCUCGGAAGGCCAGGCGAAGAUCGACUUCGCAAGCACCAACUGCGCGGUGGGCGACCUGCUCAACUUCGCGGAGCAGUCGAUAUUCUCUACAGACAUCCAGACGCUCGGGACUGGCCUGCUCUACGAGUCAACGAUCCAGUCAGUGCUGAGUAAGAACAUGCUCGGCGUGAAUGUGGCGGAGACCCCGACCGCGCCGAUGUUCGUCUACCACGCGACGCAGGAUGAGAUCAUCCCGUAUGCGAAUGCAUCGGCGAUGGUAGACUCGUGGUGCAAUAACGGCGCGAGUGUUAAGUUCACGACGUAUGGGAACGGCGGUCACGCGACAACCGAGAUCAUCGGGUUGCCGGACACGAUCAGUUUCGUCCAGUCGGCGUUUGCGGGGACAACGGCGAGUGGCUGUUCGAAAAAUACCGAGCUGCUCAGUAUCCUCAACCCGAUUGCAUUGGGGGUCGAGUUGGAGCCGAUCUUGAUCAAGCUGAUCGAGGUGCUGGCGAACCUAGGCAAGACGGAUUCCAAUGUGCAGCAGAACUUGAGUGUGUUACAGGAUGUGGUGACCUGGUAG